UGCAGGUUGAAUUAAUUGCAAAGAAAUUAAGGUUUCAUCUUUUGAGAAAUUUUUUCCACAGCAAGGAUCACCUAAUUUGUAUAUUGGUAAGUAAAAUGGAAGAUUAAUCAUUUAUUGGGCGCAAAGCGUUGCAGAUUAAGAUUUUACUUUCAUUGCUUUGAACCAUUUGCUUUUGUUCCGAGAGGAGGAUUGGUUGUUUAAAUCAUCCGAUUAAAGUUUCUCUUCAGUUAAGUCAUGCAUUACUGUCAUACACAAUUCAUUUCUUUGGAGCAGGUAUCUUGUUCCCUCUGCAGUGAGACAAUGGAACGUGAUGUUUUAGCUGUUCAUAAUGGUGAAAAUUGUCCCCAAAGAAUUGUGACGUGCGAGUACUGCGAGUUCCCAUUGCCUGCAAUUGAUCUUUUUGAGCAUCAGGAAGUAUGUGGGAACCGGACAGAAUAUUGUCAUCUGUGCAGAAGAUAUAUUAGAUUGCGUGAAAGAAAUGGCCAUGAAAGCAGAUGCAAUGGUGUCCAAGUUGAUAAUGAAGAAUCUUCGAGGGAUGUGGCAGCUGAAAGAGAGAAUGGUGCUCGAAGACGGGAGCCACCUGGUUAUUCACCGAGGCGCCUUCUAUUCACCAUUGCGAUAACAGGCAUUGCUGUUCUAAUAGGUUCACUUCUUUUCCAGAAGAAAACUCAGAACAAUCAAGUGCAUUAG